AUGCGUGGCGAUUUCAAGAUUCAACACAAGGUUGUGCUGGUGCAGUGCACUUUGUUGGCUGUUGCAUUUGCGUUUGAACUGAUAGCCGUUCUCACGGUUCCGGUGACCAAGUCUCUCUCGCUUUGUACCUACAACGGCUUCAAGUUUGGUGUUUUUGGGAUUUGUGAUGCGGACGGUUCUUGCACCAAAGUGAGUGUGGGAUACACGAGUGAAGGCCUUGAUAAUUUGAGUGGGUUUUCGUUACCCUCCAAUGCCAGACAGUCUAUAUCGAAGCUGCUUAUAGUCCAUGUUCUGGCAGCUGCGUUUACGUUGCUGAUGUUUCUGUUGAACUUGCUAACCCUCAUGAGCAGAUUUGCGACGUCUACCGGGUUUUUGCUGGUUCUUUUGCUAGGAACGGUUCCCACAUUUCUACUGGCUCUGCUGUCGUUUCUAGUAGACAUCUUGCUUUUCAUACCGCAUCUCGAUUGGUGCGGUUGGACGGUUUUAGCCUCUGCGGUAUUAAUCGUGAUAUCUGGAACGACAACUUGCGUUACCCGUAGGACUGUCAGCUCAAGGAAAUCGCAUUUGAGACACAUCCAUGGCGGGGAUGGUGAUCUGUAUAGCUUGGUGGGAAGUGAAACUUCAUCCACUGGUUCUAAUUUGGAAGUGCAAGAAUCCAAACAAUAUGAGAACAACGAUGAACAUAACGAUGUGGGUGUUGUAUAUGGAACGCCGCAGCGACAAACUUCUACUGGCUUUAGUUUUACGAGGGCCAGAAACAGCAGCUAUGGGUAUGCUCCGUUAGAGCAGAACUCACCGCAUCUGAUGCAACGGGCUGCUGUCCGCCACCAGGAUCCUGACGGAAGCAGUUUGCAUCCGUACACACCAGUACACAAUCUUCCUGAUGGUGAUGUGUUGUCUCAUCCUGUGGCUGCUUUGGAUCCGGUGGCUGCGAAUGCAUGGGACUUCGGAUCUCCAAGGAGGAGAGGGGAAGAGCUUCCACAGAACAACACUUUCGAUGAACUUUACGGUCAGGCUUACUCGGACUCUGAGAAUGGUAAGGAAGAUGAGGUUGUAAGUCAGGCUGAGACUGGCCUAUCACAUCCUAUAGCCAAUCCAUAUUUGAGCGAAACCCCAGCCAGGAUGCCCACGGUGGACUUGAGAAAUAACAGAGCAAGUCUUCUGGAAGGACCCGAAGAAGAGCGCGAAGAACAACCCGAAGAACAACACUCGCACUCUGUCACACCUGCCAGUUCCAUUUAUGUUCCAAUAUCCAGAGCUCCUAAUUUCAAGAAUACACACACAUCGAAACCUGUUGGUCCUCGUCCAUUGCCUUCAGACGUCCGCUCUGGCGAUGAAGCCCGCCAUCCUGAAUUUGCAACUGACGCUCCAGUCUUGGCUCCACCUGCGAGUUUUGGUGAGUCCAAGUCGCUUCAGGCACCUUCGUCCUAUUAUCUGUCAGAACAGGAAAAUUUAGAGUCAGAUCUGGACUUCAAGUUUGACUCCAACCAAUCGUUGGUUGAGUCCAACUUCACUUCCAUCUCACAGCGUCCAAUAAACCCAAAAUACUACGAGAUAGAGAGACUUUCCAACCAGGGCAAUAAAGCUGACUCUUCCUUGGUCUCACAGAGAAACCCACAUAUCUACAACCAGAGGGUUCCAACCCCAUACAGACAACAGCAGGCUCAGCCCACGCUUUCGCCCCACUUAGAAGACGGCUAUGUGUUUGAUAACUCCAAGAUUGCAGGAAGAAGAGUUCACGACAAGAGCAACAAUACGUCGAAGGAGUUUUGA